UAACCACAGCAGCAGGCGUUUCGAACGUAUUUUGUUGUUAUCAUGUUUAUAGGUUAUGUUGUUGAAAGUUAUACUAGUGAGAUUGUGAUGACAAGGUAAAAAUAAAAAGAUCAACAAUAAAUAUGCGGACAAUCUUGUACCACUCGAACAGCAGCCCACCGUCACGGGCCGUCAAGAUGGUUGCCGGCAUCUUGAAUGUAGAAUACGAAGAAAGAUAUCUCAACCCGGUGGCGAGGGACCAGGACACGCCAGAGUUAAUCGAGAAGAAUCCUAUGAGAUCCAUACCGCUGCUAGACGAAGGAGACUAUUGGAUAGCCGACAGUCACGCUAUAAUUGUAUAUCUUUUUGAAAAAUACGCAAAACCCGAGCACCAGCAUCUGUACCCCUCUGACAUUCGAAAACGAGCCACAAUCAACCAGCGAAUGUAUUUCGAAUGUGGUAUAUUGUUUCCCAGACUUCGAUCUGUAAUGGCCCCAACAUUCCGGGGAAAGCUGACAGACCUCUCCAAGUCCAUGAAGUCUAACAUAGAGGACGCGUACCGCACGCUGCAAGCCUACUUGUCUCGCACCCUGUACGUGGCAGACGACGUACUGACUUUGGCAGACAUAAGCAUCGUUACCACGGUGUCGACUUUGGACGGCAUCUACCCUGUUGAUGUCAAAAGAUACCCAAAGUUAAAGGAGUGGUUGCUGACGAUGUCCCAGAAGGAUUUCUGUCAGAAAUACAACGAGCCGGGGAGGGAGGAGCUGGUGACCUUGCUCGUUACUAUGAUGCGGAACAACCAGCAUAAUCAGCGAGCUAAACUUUAAUAUAUGUUGUUGCACUAAGCCCUUUGGAUACGGAAUACUAUGUGAAGGUUCAAGUGUCGCAUCUUGUGUGCGUCAAAAAAUCCGACACAAAAAAACCGUGGAAAACCAUGAAUGUAAUAAAACAUUCAUAUAACCAUUCGUGAACGUCUGCCUACACAUAGUAUAUCCAUAGGAACAUCGGCGACGUGCAUUACAUAUUGCAAUACAGCUCCUUAACCACGGCAAACUCUUGUCGCAGUUUUGUCAACGCGUAUCGAUCAAGAAACGCAAAACACGAGAAAGAUCGUGUUUUGCGUGUAUUAAAGUAAAAUAAUCAAUUAAAUAUGUAUAAAAGUAAGGGAGUGGUAACUAAGUAUUGAUUACUAUAGUUAUGUUAAAGUGGUGUGAAAAUGUAUAUAAAACACAAUUUAUAAGAAUCACAGGUUUUUAUUUCAGUAACUAAAAAGAAAUGCAAAGAAUUUCUUAACUUUACACUCCUGUAACGUCUAGGGCUAACCAUAUGGAUAACUUUUUGAUGAGAAAUGAAUGAUUACAAAAACCGUUACACAUUAAACAUUUCCUAUAAGUCUUAUAA